GAGAUUGUCUCAUCUCUUGAGCGAGAGAUUAGCAUCUCGCUAUAGUGCCAUGCAGCGGCACAAGUCGAGCUGUGCGCGCAAUGGCUCUCAGCCGCCGCCCGCAACGGGCCGGGUGUGUCGCACUUGCCGCUCGGCAGCGGUGGCUAACGCAGUUAGACCGUGCAUCAUACACACGGUGUCACACGCUUUUACACCCGCAACGGGCACACAGCCGUGUAUUGGACUUGCCGCUCGGCAGCGGUGGCAGACGCCGCUGGCCCAUGUAUCACUCACAUGGUGUCCACGGGCGCAGUCGUGUCGCACACGCCAUCCGCAGCGGAGGCUAGCGCCUCUAACCAUGUAUCAGUCACAUGGUGAGAUCGCAUCGUGCUCGCAAUUCGGCAGAUCGCUGAGGCAACGAGGUCGCGCGGGCUGGCGGGGCUGGGGCGCGGGCGAUCGGGCUCUUCGCGGCGUGGGCCGGCUGCAGGCAGCGCGCCGGCUAUGCAUGCUAGGCCCCGAAGGGGCCUGCCCAACCACCUACGGUUCGCAGGGUGUGGCGGGAGGGGCGAAUCGUGCAGUGUGAGCGAGCGAGCAAACGCAGCGGGGCAGCGUGCAUCGCUCGCGAGCAAGGAGAUCGGCGAUCGACUUUGUGAAAGCCGAGCACGUGAGGCGCCGUCACAGCUGUCGCUGUGAAUGGCUUAUCGGAUGGCUACCUGCGAGCGGGCUGCAGGUGGCCGGGAGGUGGGAACCAAGGCCGUCGCGAUCGACAGGCCUACUCGUACAAUACGGGCUCCGCUCCACACCGACCAAACCUCUCGGAGCUAAUAUUGUUCUCCCUGGCGUGCGCGAGUCGCUCGUCCUAGGGAGCGAACUAGUGCGAGUCACUAGUGUACUCGAAUGCAAGCGAAGGGUAGCUCUCGUCUGCUGCUGCUGCUGCUGCUGUUGCUCUCGCUACUGCUGUUGCUAUUGAAGCUGCUGUCUAGUCGCUACGCAAUUGUCGCUGUCUGUUAGCUACGGUUGCUGUGCUAACGUGCGCAUCGUGUUCACGCACACCGCACCACUUUCCGCCCGGAAGGAUAGGAGUGGUGCAUUCGGGUGCGCAUCGUGUUCACGCACGUGUGUGUGCUACCGCAGAGUGGCCUGGAGGCGACAGAUUGCUUCGUAGAAGCGCUCCUAUGCCUUAUCCCCGGGAGGUGUCGCAGCGUGCGAGCGGUCGUCGUCGCUCCGAGCUGGCCAAGCGUAUUGGCGGGUCGCCUCACGCUUGACCUGCUGGAGUACCGCAAUGACCUGAAGCAACUACUAACGUGUGAACGUCGGCAGUUCGCACGCUGCGCAAUGUCCUGAAACCUACACGAGGCCAUCCCUGGCGCAAGCGCAUCGCUCUGCGGUUGCGGCGGGCGGCGGCGGCGGCGGCGGUUGAGGCGGCGGCGCUGCCC